AGGACCCCGGCGUGCGGCUGGGCUGCCCGCGGCACGCCUGCAGGACCCCGGCGGCCGUGCACGCCGAGCCGAGCCCCCGGUCGCCGUGCCCGGUUCCCCCGCCGGCCACGAUGCUGGAGGAAGCGGGUGAGGUGCUGGAGAACGUGCUCCGGGCGUCGUGUCUGCCGCUCGGCUUCAUCGUCUUCCUGCCAGCCGUGCUGCUGCUUGUGGCACCGCCGCUGCCCGCGGCCGACGCGGCGCACGAGUUCACCGUGUACCGCAUGCAGCAGUACGACCUGCAGGGCCAGCCGUACGGCACGAGGAACGCCGUGCUCAACACCGAGGCGCGCACCGUGGACGCGGCCGUGCUGAGCCGCCGCUGCGUCCUCAUGCGCCUGCUGGACUUCUCGUACGAGCGCUACCAGAAGGCGCUGCGGCAGUCGGCGGGCGCCGUGGUCAUCAUCCUGCCGCGCGCCAUGGCGGCCGUGCCGCAGGACGUGGUGCGGCAAUUCAUGGCGGUGGAGCCCGAGAUGCUGGCCAUGGAGACCGUGGUGCCCGUGUACUUCGCCGUGGAGGACGAUGCCCUGCUGUCCAUCUAUGAGCAGACGCAGGCCGCCUCCGCGUCCCAGGGCUCGGCCUCGGCCGCGGAAGUGCUGCUGCACACGGCCACGGCCAACGGCUUCCAGAUGGUCACGAGUGGGCUGCAGAGCAAGGCCCUGAGUGACUGGCUCAUCACCAGCGUGGAGGGCCGGCUGACAGGCCUGGGUGGAGACGACCUGCCGACCAUCGUCCUGGUGGCACACUACGACGCCUUUGGAGUGGCCCCCUGGCUGUCGCUCGGCGCAGACUCCAACGGGAGCGGCGUUUCGGUGCUGCUGGAGCUGGCGCGCCUCUUCUCCCGCCUCUACACCUACAAGCGCACGCACGCCGCGUACAACCUGCUGUUCUUUGCUUCCGGAGGGGGCAAGUUUAACUACCAGGGCACCAAGCGCUGGCUGGAGGACAACCUGGACCACACGGACUCCAGCCUGCUGCAGGACAACGUGGCCUUCGUGCUGUGCCUGGACACGCUGGGCCGCGGCAGCAGCCUGCACCUGCACGUGUCCAAGCCGCCGCGGGAGGGGACGCUGCAGCACGCCUUCCUGCGGGAGCUGCAGACGGUGGCCGCCCACCAGUUCCCCGAGGUGCGCUUCUCCAUGGUGCACAAGAAGAUCAACCUGGCGGACGAGGUGCUGGCCUGGGAGCACGAGCGCUUCGCCAUCCGCCGCCUGCCGGCCUUCACGCUGUCCCACCUGGAGAGCCACCGCGACGGGCAGCGCAGCAGCAUCAUGGACCUGCGGUCCCGGGUUGACUCCAAGACCCUGACGCGCAACACGCGCAUCGUGGCUGAGGCCCUGACCCGUGUCAUCUACAACCUGACGGAGAAGGGCACACCCCCUGACAUGCCUGUAUUCACGGAGCAGAUGCAGGUGCAGCGGGAGCAGCUGGACUCGGUCAUGGACUGGCUCACCAGUCAGCCGCGGGCCGCCCAGCUGCUGGACAAGGACGGCACGUUCCUCAGCACGCUGGGCCACUACCUGGGCCGCUACCUGAAGGACGUGAAGCAGCACCACGUGAAGGCUGACAAGCGGGACCCCGAGUUCGUCUUCUACGACCAGCUGAAGCAGGUGAUGAACGCGUACAGGGUCAAACCGGCCAUCUUCGACCUGCUGCUGGCUGUCUGCAUUAGCGCCUACCUCGGGCUGGCCUACACGGCGGUCCAGCACUUCGACCUCUUGUACAAGUCGGUGCAGCGGCUGCUGGUGAAGUCGAAGGCUCAGUGACCAUCUCCGCCCGGGCCUCGCUGCCUCCUACCCAGCCAUCGGCCUUGUCAGAGCUGAGCCAGCCAGGGUCCCCAGGAACAGCGCCCAGAGGAGCCCUGGCCCCAUGGUGACUGGGGGUGCCUGUGGAUUCUGCAGCCUCAGGCGUGGGCCUGACCCGGCCUGUGCCCCGCCACCGCACCUGCCCACGACCUGGACGGUCAUCAUUGCUCGGCCCUCCUCCUGUGGGCAAGGAGAUGGGGUGACCCCCAGCCCAGCGCCCAGCGUGCCCUGCCCACCUCUGCUGUGCCCAGGGACCCGCCGGCCCGGCCCACACCACACCUCUGCACUCCCAGCCUCGCCUGAGCGUGCGGUGGGGAAGACACGUCCCACUGCCCCCCGAGGAGGGCAGGCGGAAAGGCAGGCCUGGCCCAGGUGGGGGCGCUGACCUCAGGGAAACCCCGGUGUGCGGCGUCCGUAGCAAUAGAACUGGCGAGGGCGCACAGCCCCACAGGUGGGUUCUGGGGUGCGUGGCUCCUUGGCCGGCUGCAGCCGGGGUCCUGUGCAAACCAGUAGGGCCGUCCUGGCACCCCAAGUGCACUGAAUGCCCAGGGCAGGGCCACUGUGUGGGAGAACCUCCGGGUUGGCCCGGGAAGGCAGGCCUUGGCUGUUUAGGGGUCCCAGGUGCGUGAUGAGAAAUAAAGCCAUACUGAACGAG